AUGGCUGCCAACCAGCGGCAUCCCUUUUCGCAGUUCUGGGACUUCCUCCAGUCCCUGGACCCCAACCAGAGAUCUCACGGUGAAGGCGUCGACCGUCACCCGCCUCCCUUCCCACCCGGCUUCCCGUUCGGAGGCCCUCAUCACCACCCCGGGCCCCAUCAAUCAUGGGCCGGCCCCGGUGCCGACUUCGAGCAAUGGGGCCAAUGGGGUCGUCCCGGCCACUGGGAUCAUUGGGGUCACCACGAACAUGACCGUGACCACCCUUUCAGAUCUCCCCACGAUCACCGGGAGCCUCGACAACAGACUCCCCCCACCCCUACUGAAGACGGGGCGGCACAAAGAGACGUCAAUGACGAGAAGCGUCCCUCCCCUGAUACCGUGAUGGACGACGACAGCGCCACUGCUGCACCCGAUCCAGAGGAAGUCGCCCCCGAGGACUCUGACGACUAUGAACGGUCUGGUCCCGGCCCACGAUGGGGCCGUCACGGCGCUCGCCCUUGCGGUCGAGGAGGCAGAGGAGGACGAGGGGGCCGUGGUCACCGCGGCGGUCGUGGAGGACCACACCGAGGCCCUCCUCCUCACCACCACCAUCCCUUCUCGCGACCUCCCCACGGCUUCUCCUUCCCCCCACCACCACCUCCUCCCUACCGAGGCCCUCACCACCCCCCUCCACCCCCUCCCUUCGACUUCUCUGCCAUGUUCCAGACCCUCAGCAACCUGGGAAGCCACCCCUUCGUCGAGAACCUGCGCGAGCAAGUCCAAAACUUCCGCGACGCCCAGCAGCAAGGCGGCGCCCGCUCCGGCAACAACAACGCCACCACCACCGCCAACGACGACGACGGCCCAGAAGACGAGACCUUCUCCCCCCCCAUCGACAUCUUCAACACCCCGGCCGCCUACGUCCUCCACGCCGCCCUCCCCGGCGCCAAGAAGGAGGACGUCGGCGUCAACUGGGACCCGGACACCUCCACCCUCUCCAUCGCCGGCGUCGUCUACCGCCCGGGCGACGAGGCCUUCCUCCAGACCCUCUCCCCCUCCUCCGAGAGGCGCGUCGGCGCCUUCGAGCGCACCGUCCCCCUGCCCCCCGCCGGCUGCGAGAAGGACGGCGACGUCGACGGCAUGGGCAUCUCCGCCAGGAUGGAGGACGGCCUCCUCGUCGUCACCGUCCCCAAGGUCGAGAAGGAGUGGACCGAGAUCCACAAGGUCGACAUUGAGUAA